AUGUAUUAUUCCGAUGCCAUAAAACUGCGCAAGAAACUGCAACUUGAUUUUGACGAGCCUUUUAUGUACUUGCUAAAAAAUUAUGGAUCGUGCCUUUUUUAUCGUGGUCGCUUCGAGGAAUCAGUGGAAACGUUACACGAAGCUCGGAACAUAGCUGAAAUGCUCGGUGAAAAACGCCCCUGUACAGCGAAUGUAUAUUAUGCUUUAGCAAGAACAUUUCGUUCCUGGAAACCUGAUAGCCAAGAAGCUGCGAAUUAUGCCAAAGCGGCAGUGGAGAUGAAAGAUUUGUUGGACUCGCUUUACGUAAAAAACAUUCAUUUUUGA